AUGGAUUUGAUUGGCCGGGUCAGCAUCUUCAACGGCCGCAGGGGAAAUAGCCAGCACGGCCUGUCCCAGUUGGAAAAGGUGGGCCUGGGGCCUUUCGGGGCCUGGGGCCAAGCCCGGGUUCGGGGGAAGGGCAAAGGUGAAUAUGCAGCUGCACGCCCACAGCGGCGAGCAUCCAACACCUGCCUCCCCAACCAAGCCUCACACACCAGCACCAGCUCAGAUGCACGGCGAGCUCAGACGCGACUCAGCUCGAAGGUUUUCAUCUGCGCAUUUACCGACAAAGCAGUCGCCGACUUUGUGACCUCCGGCACUGGCCGCGUCUGGCCAACACAACUACGCGUGGUCUGCCCGCUGGGGGGUUGUUCAGCAGGCAACUAA